AUGAACCCCUUUCAGUCAUCUAGUUCCGACAUCACCAUCGGCCGGGGUGAUGUGGUAAAAGAAGGCUGGCUGUGCAAGCAAUCAAAGUUCCUCAAGGACUGGAGACGACGCUGGUUCGUUUUGACUCCGUACUGCCUGUGCAGCUACAAGACUUCGGAUAUCUACAGGUCUAAGCCAACUGAGGUUCUUUACUUGAGAGACUGCAGUACCGUGAAGAGUGCGGAUGAGGACAUACAGAAAGAGAAUGCUUUUCGAGUGGACACUCCAAAUCGCGUCUUUUUUCUUAUAGCCGACAACAACCAAGAAAAGGAGUCGUGGAUUGGGCACAUCGGAAGGCAGAUGGUGCGUCCUUCCGUUAUGGUGAAUGAGUGUUACGGCCAGGAUAAUGAAUAG